AUGAGCUAUCAACGAGGUCGAGGUGUGGACAGAGGUAGGGGUAGGGGUGCGCCACCUGAUGGCGGUCGAGGCCGCGGAGGCAGCAGCGCACGGGGGAGUCCAGCAACGCCAACGAGCAGAGGAAGCUCAGGUAGCCCGUACAGAGGGGAUGGUCCCAGGGGUGGCCCCCGAGGCUUCACGCCCCGCGGUCGAGGCGGUGGGGACGGAUCCAGAGGAGGCAGUCCUCGCGGGUUUUCACCGCGCGGUCGAGGCGGUCCUUCGUAUGACCAUCUUCCUCUCAUCUUCGACCCGCAGCCUGGCACUCGCCCAACGCCAGAUGUUCGAAUCACAGCCGCCGACAGUCUACUGCAGCGAACCGGCCCUCGGCAAGUUGGCUUUGAGCAUCCAGCUCGGCCGGGCUAUGGGACUCUGGGACGCGCUAUUGUCCUUCGUGCGAACUUUUUCCCCGUGAAGAUAUCGAAAACGAGUUGGUUCGAGUACAGCAUCAAGAUUUCUCCGGAUCCUAAGAGUCAGAAGGCGAGGGUCAAAAGAAGGAUAUUGGACCUCUUCGAACAGAGCGCAGAGGGAGCACCCUAUCGGGAUUCCAUGGUCCAUGACGGAAGUCAGAGGCUCGUCUCCGCCCGGAAGCUGCCCCAGCCUCUCCAAGGCAGCGUUCGCUUCUUUGAGCGGGACGAAACAGGUCCCCGCACCAACGCGGACCAAUAUACAGUCGAAGUAGUCUUCGGAAAAGAGCUCCUCAUAGCACCUCUGAAGCAGCAAACAGAAGGAAAUAAGCAGUCUGACGAAAGGAUAGAUCCUCUCGUCUCCGCCCUGAAUCUCAUCCUACAGCGCCAAGCUUCGCAGACAGGUUUUAGAUUCGGCAAAAACAGGUAUUUCUGGGAUGACGCGGCGCGCGGACAGCUUGGACCUCGACUGUGGGCGUAUAUGGGCUUUUUCUCGUCCGUCCGUUUGGUCCAUAAGGAGAUUAUGGUGAAUGUGAACGUUUGCAUGACGGCAUUCCAUGAACCUGGCAAUCUAGCAGAAGCUUGGAUGAGUUUCAACCAGGGAUCCAUGGGCGCCAGCGCGCAGGAAUUCCUCACGAAGAACAAGAUAUCCACUCGCCACCUCGGCUUCAAACGGGUACAAACCGUCAAGCGCAUUGCUGGCAACACCACUGCGCGGAAGCAAAUGUUCGAUUGCCCAGAAUUCGGAGGUAUGAUCUCUGUCGAAACGUUCUUCAAAAAAA